CUCGGGAACAUCAUCCAACUUUACCGCAAAAUAAUCAGCCUUACCGCCUCUCCCCCCAGAGCGUUCAGAGUGUUGGUUGUUCUUUGAGCAGCGUAUCAGAAAGGAUUGCUGUCUGAACAGCACAUAACAACACCGUAUUCAACCUCCACCAACCAAGCUGUUCACAAUGCUCCAGCCAGCACAUUCUCCAAGAAUCCCUAUAAAAGCCACAAUGGCUUCAGGAUUGGAAAGCAACUGGAAACAUGUCGUGCUUCGCGGCCUUCAUACUCUAAGCCACAUCUUCGGCCAUACUACAUCGUCACAGCGAAGACAUUCAACAUUCUCACAACGAAGACAAUCCUUGUUCUGCACCGCCAACGAGGAAUACGACAACAGCAACAUGGGCUCUUGCUCUUCCAGCCUCUCGGGCACUGCUAGGCGAAGCCGGUAUACCUCCGUACCAGCUACACCCUCCAGGCCUCAGUAUCGCCUCCUUCUGCACUGCACCCGCUGCGACCCCGGCAAGUGUCCCUUUACCCAGGAUGUCAACUAUAACGGGAAGACGCUUGCGCACAGGAGGGAUUCAAGCUGCCGCUCGGGUCAAGAGGGCCUGAGAUUGUGGCAUCUGGAGAUCGACUUUUGCGACUUGGCUGACCGGCAUCACAAGGCCAGAGGAGUCCUGGAUCGGUUCACGCAAGAUCAGAGUAUUGCUAUGGGUGACGGCGGGAAAAGAGCUGUGUAUGAGGAGCCCAUCUGCGUGGAGGACUUGCUCCAAGCGCUGCGUGACAAUGAGGUGGGCUAUUGGUCGUCGUUGUAGGGGCCAUGAGAGCAUGCCCAGACUUUGAGUUUGGAGAUUCUCAAGGCUAUGAAGGCACAUCAGGCCAGGAUGCAUUGAGCCAUGGUAGGACUUUUGGUGGGUUUGCUCUGGGCUUAGCCUCGACUUGCUGGUCGAGUUCAGCGGGCUGGAUGGCUACCAGCUGGGCCUACAAGAUGGUUAUUGGCCAGGUAAGGCCAUAUGAUUGGGAUUGUACGGACGGCUUUUUGCAUAGCAUUCGGUCUGGCGUAGAUCAUGAUACCCCCUGCUCAGUUUUGUCAUGAGUAAUCAGUACUAAUGAGAAUUUACACACCUCUUUCAACACUGAAUACCGCGAGUCUAGACCCAUUGCUGUGAGUAGGCUAUUCAUCACCCUUCUAUCUUCUCCUUGAUAUCAUGGAUGGCGUAGUUGGGAAGAGGCG